CUCAUUGAGACCAUUAAAAUUUCUUUUGAAAAUCCAAUCCAACGCAUAUUUGAUCUUCAUAGUUGUUGUUGUAAAUAUUAUUUGUGGAGACUUCAUUAACUCGAUCACUGAUCUUGAAACUAAUAUCAGAGGCUUGGCUAUACUUUCAGCAGAACGGAUUACAGCAUAUGAUCAGCUGAAGAAAGGAAUGGGUCCGAUAUUGUUUGUUCUAUUUUCUGUUUUUACCUUUAUUCUGAUGAGUGUUGUUCAUGAUGCAAUUCAAACAUUCUAUGCUCAGAAGAUCAUCUUGGGUGUUGGAGAUUUGACACUUGCUACGUCUCUGAUUAUAACAUUAAUGAAUAUUUCUAGCAUUUCAGAAAGCUGUUUGGAAGCUCUUCAUCAACUUAGUAGUUACCAUAGACAUGUUUUCAUGGAUAGUCCUGUAGAUCUUAAGUUUGAACAUAUGCUUGUUAUGCAUGAGAUAGACAGCAAGACAAGGAUGACAGCUCUAGGCUUUUAUCCAGCAGACAGAACUUCAAUGCUGGGUGCUGUAGGAACAUCUGCAACAUUUUUACUAAUUAUUCUUCAAAACAGUGUAUUCAAAUAAAUAGAUAAAUAUCCUUUAAAACAGUGUAUUCAAUUGAAUAAAUAUAUAAUAUUC